AUGGAACCAUGCAAUCCGACUUUCCACUUAAAGGCCCCCCUUAAUAAUGGCGCGGAGCCAAGUUCUCCUUUUCGGUUUACAGACUUACCAUCAGAACUUCGUUAUCUGAUAUUGGGGCAUGUUCUUGACGACCUUGAUGAGGAUUCCGACCUUGAGAAGGAGCCGGACGUCGAUGACCCGGAUGAGGAACCCAACCUUGAUGGGGAAUCCAAUAUUGAUGAGGAGCCCUCUCCAAAGCCGAAGAUCGUCGACAUCAUUGGACAGCUCAAUGACAUGCUUGUGCAGACUCAUAACAGAUCUGCGCUAUUGAACGGCAUGCUUAACUUGGGCAUCAACGUAGGUGCGACGCACGAUGUUAUAGCACUAAACAACGACUUGCUUGCGCGAACCAACGACUGGUAUGCGCGAGCUAAUGACAUGUUUGCGCGAGCUAACAACACGAAUGCGAGGCCCGACAAUCUUGCUCUGGAAGUUGACCUGGAAUACCCGCAAGCCAACAUGCUUGCGGAGCCCGAGUUGAUUCCGAAGCCUCAGAAGUUGGCAAAUUUGGCGUGCGUGUCCAAGGAAUGGCAGCGAUUCUUCGAGGAGCACACAUUCAGCACCCUGGAGGUCACGUUAACCAAUUCUCCAGCUGAGAUUGAGGCUCUCUGA